AUGUGUUAUUUAUGAUUCAUCCUUUCGUUAAACCCAACAGCUGAUUAUCGCCGAAAAUUAGAUAUUCUGCCAGGUGAAAACUUUUGUUUAGAAAACGAAAGUAGCCAUGUACCCGGAUAUAGAACCGUUUUCGACUGGGAUGUUAAAAGUGUCUGAACUUCACAGUAUCUACUAUGAGGAGUCCGGAAAUAAAGAUGGCAACCCAGUUGUUUUUCUGCAUGGAGGACCAGGAUGGGGUACUACAACUAGAGACCGUACAUUUUUCGACCCUAAAGUUUACAGAAUUAUUCUUAUAGACCAAAGAGGAACUGGAAAAUCAACCCCAGCAGCCGAAAUAAGAGAAAACACAACUUGGGAUCUUGUAAAUGAUAUGGAACAACUUAGACAAAAACUCAAUAUAGAUAAAUGGGUUGUAUUUGGAGGAAGCUGGGGAUCAACUAUGGCCUUAAUCUAUGCUGAAGCACAUCCAGAUAGAGUGAAGGCCCUUAUAAUCCGUGGAAUUUACACAUUUAGAAGGCGGGAACUGGCGUGGUUCUAUCAAGACGGAGCAAGUUUUGUAUUUCCAGAUGCAUAUGAAGAAUUUGUGAAGCCGAUUCCUGAGACUGAGAGAUACGACAUUAUUGGUGCAUUUUAUCGUAGGUUAACUGGCAAUGACGAGAAGGCAAAAUUAGACUGUGGAAGGGCCUGGGGGAUAUGGGCCAUCAUGACAGCUCGGCUUUACAUUGACCAACACGCUCUUGGUCAAAUAGAGCAAAAUUUAGAAAGUUGGGUACAGAAAGCAACUAUAGAAUGCCACUAUGUUGUAAACAGUGCAUUCCUGAAGACCGAUGACCAAAUUUUAUCGAAUGUUGACAAGAUACGUCACAUUCCAACGAGUAUUAUCCAUGGUAGAUAUGAUAUUAUCUGUCCCACAGAGACGGCAUGGCAACUUCACAAGCUCCUUCCUGACGCUGAAUUUCAUUUAAUACCUGAUGGCGGACACAGUACCAAAGACAAAGGAUUGGAAGAAAAAUUGGUAGAAGUAACCGACAGAUACAAAUACUUGUAGCUGAGCUGCUUACAUAAUAAGAAU